AGGCCCGAAGAAUGAUGGAAAGAAUGGAGGACCUAGUGGCGAAAAUAGGAAAAUAUCAAGGCAAAUUGACCAAUAUGUGUGAAGAGGUCAAGGAGUGUAAAGGGAAAAAACACUGGUAUAUCUCUACGAUAUGGGUCCAGGAUCGCAAGGACGGUCUGGGAAUUUGUCAGGCGUAACGGUUUCCGGGCCGACGCCUCGAUCCGGAAUAGCUUAUAGGUCACCAUCAAGGUCAGGAAGGGCACCACAAGCAGUCAAGAUAAGGGCGAAGGGGCCGGUAAGCUCCGAUGAGCCGACAAAGGACGUUCCUCAGCCUAGUGGGAAAAAUAAGGCACUAGACAUCCCGGAGGACGAGGAUGAAAGGGAUGAGAGGUUAAGAAGAGAAGAGGAUAAGAGGGUCGAACUGAGAGCGAAAAAGAGGGAUGUUAAGGAAGACACAAACGGAAUUCCGGAAGGGAAGAAAAUAAAGUACGCUGUCCGGGUGAAAGAAGACUAUGAUGUAGAGGAGAUGAUGGAUAGAAUCCUUGAGGGUCAUAAUCACCUUAUGAACCUGAAGGAUGUGUUGGCUUCAGCCCCAAGGCUUUGGGACGACCUCAAAGCCCGAUUGUCUAGAAAGAUGGUAGCCAGUGUGCGAUUGGGGGUCAUAAUCCCUAAGGAAGCAGAAUGGACGGAGACAGGCACGAAGAUGGAUUGGAAGUCCGUCGCAUGCGGGUGCUUGGACGUAGUAGUAAAAGGAAAAACAUGCACGACAACGGUGGAUACUGGUGCGGAAAUGAACCUCAUAAAAGAGGAGCAUGCUUUGCGCUUGGGGAUGGAGAUUGAUCGCUCCUAUAAUGGAGUUCUAAUGAGAGCGAAUAAGGUAAGGAGCUUCCUGGGAACAUGUGGGUUUUGGAGAAUGUCCAUCAAAGGGUUUGCGGCGAAGACAGAGCAAUUGCGAAAGUUUGUGCCCCAAGGUCAAAAUUGGGUAUGGGGAGACAAGCAGGAGUCAGUGAUAGAGGGUCUGAAGAAAGAGUUUGAGGAAGGGGGUCUAGUACUGGGGGUACCAGACCAUGCGACUGUGAUGAUCAGACCUUUUAUCGUGGAAACAGACGCAGGACCGACUGCCCUGGGAGGAGUACUGAUUCAACGAGACUUCAAUGGAGAAGAACGACCGCUAAGGGAAGGAAGGAAGAAAGAGCAUAAGUCCCACAAGCACGAGAGGGAAGAGGAGCAGCAUGCUAAGAUGACUCAGAGGAGAGAGGGACAGCCUGCAGAAAGGACCCACAAGGGAGGAGCAUCAGGUAGAUCAGGUACACCCCCCCAGCCUGCUCAGACAGGUGACAACUGCCCUAUGCCAGACAUGGAGCCAGACUUACCCCAUGAGCCACAAGGACAGGAGCAGGAGGAGAACCAAGCUACAAAGGAAAAGGAGAUGGACAGUAAGGAGAGAGUUGCAAGGGAGAAGGAGAUCAGGGUCCAUCUCAGGUUGAAAUACCUUGCAGAGCUGCACGAGAAGAUGCAGCUGGGAGAGCGGCCUAUGGAUUUGAAGGACAGAAAAGGGAAGGGGGUCUGCACUCAGGGGGAGGAUCUUCCCCUGCUCACAGAGGCAUGGGUCAACUUUGACAAGCUGAUGGAGGCUGCAAGGAGGCCUAGAGAGCAUCAUGAGGAGAUGGGGGUUAAGUUAGUAUCCACAGACUUGCUUAGCCUGAAGGGCCUUAAGAAGGAGAGCUUUGCAGCUGCAAAGGCCUCAUAUCAGAAGGUUGGGGAAAGACUGACGAAGGUGGCACAUAAGGCCUAUGGCCAGAGGGUGGACUGAGAGAGAGAGGUAGACACCCUAAAGAAGUAGCUGGAAAAGCAAAGUAAGGAAGUGGAGGCAGUAAAGGCAGAAAUGGCAAAGCUUUGGGCAGACAAUGAGGCCAUCAGACAGGUCAACCAGACCCUCAACAAGGUCAAUGACGUUCUGAGGGCCUACUUGCAGGUGCAACAGACUUCUUUUCAGGCAAAGGAAGCAAAGUGGGAGAAAAUGAUAAAGAGCCUCGAGGCUA